AUGCUGAGGAAGAAAAAUGACUUGCUCUCUGCGUUUUCCUUGCAGGUUGAGCAGCUGACAGAAGAGCAAAAAAAUGAGUUCAAGGCUGCCUUUGACAUCUUCGUGCUGGGGGCGGAGGACGGCUGCAUCAGCACCAAGGAGCUGGGGAAGGUGAUGCGGAUGCUGGGGCAGAACCCCACCCCUGAGGAGCUGCAGGAGAUGAUAGACGAGGUGGAUGAGGAUGGCAGCGGCACUGUAGACUUUGAUGAGUUCCUUGUUAUGAUGGUCCGGUGUAUGAAAGAUGACAGCAAAGGAAAAACUGAAGAGGAACUCUCAGAUCUCUUCAGGAUGUUUGAUAAAAAUGCUGAUGGCUAUAUCGACCUCGAGGAGCUGAAAAUCAUGCUGCAGGCGACGGGAGAGACCAUCACCGAGGAUGACAUAGAAGAACUGAUGAAAGAUGGAGAUAAAAACAACGAUGGCAGGAUUGACUACGAUGAAUUCCUGGAGUUUAUGAAGGGAGUUGAAUAG